AAUAAUUUUUUUUGAAUUCCCGCGAUGAAAAUUCGCCUGCAACAAAACAUAAUUAUUAAAUGUAUAGUAUAUAUGUAUAUAUAAAUACAUAUAUAAAACAAGUAUCAAGGGAGAAUAUGAAGAAUCAGCUUGUGUGUCAAGAUGUCUACAUGUGAGUACAUGUGCUAGUAUUUAAUACUCAGACAAAUGUCAACUACCUCAAGCACAUCAACAACAGCCACAACCACGAGCUACUUGAAAAUGGCAAGGGAUCGAGUUAGACAUUCCAUCGUCAUCGUCGGCCACCACAUGACAACACACUACGAUUCAACCCUUGUAUGUUUACGCUUACAUUAUUAGUGAUUGUGAUUCGUAUUAAAUCUGAUCCCUGUCCCUGUCUUCGUCACCGUCUGGUUCAGUAAACUUUAGCCAACGUUCCCGCUGAAUAAAACAGAAAAUAUAACUGAGCCAGUGCCCAGGCUCAAGUCGCGGCAGUGGUCAGCGAAGAAGAUAAAAAAACCCGAGUUUGAAGGCUGCUGGUGACUUUUUAUCGUCAUCUUUUCGUGGCUGAGUUACCCUGGAUUGUAUGAUCGUGUCUUGUAGAAUAUAAAAUGACGAUGUACAUUUUACAAAGCUUUCAGUGCGUUCUAUGGCGCGAGCGCAAUAGAUUUAAAUAGCCUUUGAUAGUUUGGUCUGGUGAAAUUGCCAGUUGAAGAUCACAUUGACCAUUGUCUCGAUUGUCCACUUUGGUUCAUCAUUUGAAUUUACGAAUCAACCAGUCAGAAGAAUAAGACUUGUAAUAAUAAUAAUAACUAUAGCAAUAAUAAAGAAACAGCGCAGUCAUCAACGAGAUUGAAUUCAAUCAAGUUGAUUUCACUAACAUUGAAUUACCAUGAUGCCUGCUGCUCACAAACUCGAAGAGCAACCCAAGAUGAACCGCGAAAAAUUUAAAAAACUUUUAUUAAAACGUGUACCAAUAUUGUCCUGGUUACCCAAGUAUGACUCUGAGAAAGCCAUCAGCGACGCUAUUGCGGGAAUAACUGUUGGGCUUACGGUCAUGCCUCAAGGACUAGCGUAUGCUACACUAGCAGGACUUGAACCUCAGUAUGGAUUAUAUUCAGCGUUCAUGGGAGCAAUAGUUUAUGUGAUCUUUGGAUCCUGCAAAGACAUCACCAUAGGCCCGACGGCUCUGAUGGCUAUCAUGACUCACGAGUAUGUCCAAGGAAAGAGCGCAGACUUUGCGGUACUUCUGGCAUUUUUAGCUGGGUGUCUGCAACUCGUGAUGGCGUGUCUUCAUCUCGAUGUGCUGAUUGAUUUUAUAUCGAUACCGGUGACGGUUGGGUUCACAUCCGCUACCUCAGUAAUUAUUGUCGCGUCUCAGCUGAAAGGAAUUCUUGGAUUAAAAAUAACAUCUUCGGGAUUUAUUGAUACUCUUAGCAAAGUAAUUCAAAAUAUUGGUGAUACCAAUCCGUGGGAUGCUGGGAUGAGUUUCAUUUGUAUAUUUUUUCUUUUGCUACUGAGGAAAAUGAAAGACAUUAAAUGGUGCUCGAGGGUAGAAAAACCAACGAGAGAAAGGAAAAUUCUCGCUAAAAUAAUCUGGCUAGUAUCUACGGCGAGGAAUGCUAUUGUAGUUGUUAUUUGUUCAACAAUAGCUUAUAAAAUGAGUUCUUUAGAAUCUGGAUCGCCGUUUGUACUCACUGGGCCCGUUAAAUCAGGCCUGCCGUCCUUCAGUUUGCCGCCGUUUUCCACACGGAUGAAUGACCAAAAUUUAAAUUUUAUCGACAUGUGCACCGAACUGGGUCCAGCUAUUUUUCUCGUACCAAUAAUCGGUGUCCUUGGCAACGUCGCCAUCGCCAAAGCCUUUGCCAACGGGGCCAGUGUCGAUGCAACGCAAGAACUCCUGACUCUCGGGUUGUGCAACGUUCUGGGCUCAUGUGCUAGCGCAAUGCCGGUAACUGGUUCCUUCAGCAGGUCCGCUGUCAAUCAUGCCAGCGGCGUCAAGACUCCAAUGUCUGGACUCUAUACCGGUCUUUUGAUUAUUUUAGCUCUCAGCCUUCUUACUCCGUACUUUUAUUUUAUUCCCAAAGCAUCAUUGGCUGCUGUAAUUAUUUCUGCGGUGAUAUACAUGAUAGAAUAUGAAGUUGUAAAGCUGAUGUGGAAGUCAAGUAAAAAAGACUUGAUUCCGAUGUUCGCAACUUUCUUCCUGUGCCUUGUAAUCGGAGUUGAAUAUGGAAUUUUAGUUGGAGUAGGAAUAAAUCUUAUGUUUUUACUGUAUCCAUCAGCUCGUCCAACAAUUCAUGUAGAAAAAUGUGUCACGGAGUCAGGAACGGAUUAUCUGUUGGUGAUUCCCGGAAACAGUCUGUAUUUCCCUGCAGUGGACUUUAUCAAGCAGUUUGUUGAUCAUGCAGGAAUACGUGAAGGUUCGAGUCAACUUCCAGUUGUCGUCGAUUGCAGAUACGUGUUAGGAGCAGACUUUACUGCUGCCAAAGGAAUUGCCGCGUUAAUUGGGGAAUUUAAUACCCGUAAACAGGGUCUUUAUUUCUUCAAUCCCCGUUCGGAUGUCGUUGCUGUCCUUCGCGGAGCUUGCGGUGAAGAUUUCCAGCAUGUCUCAACUCAAGAAGAAUUAUCAUACUUGCUAUAUCGUAGCCAAGACAAAACGCCACGAGCUUUAUCCGGCACGAUAAGACGAGAGCUCUCAUGUGAAGCUUCCUCGAAUUCAAGUGUCGAAUUGAUUCACCGAGCGACCCACACGAAUUACCACGAGCUCAAUGAGGUGAGGGCGGCUUUGUUACCGACUUUGGCCACCGCCAGCUGAAAUCCCCUUCAGUACUUUAUUUUGAAUACUAAAACUUUUAUACGGCCAUUACCAAGUCUUGCUCUCACUGAGGAUCAUCAUUACCUUUAUAUUACACAGAGUAAUGGAACAUCAUCAACAUCAAUGACGACAUAAAUUCAUACCUGAUCAGUAUUUAAUUAAUAGGUCAACUAUAUACUGUAAAAACAAUUACUGUCAAUGCAUUCUGAUUGCAAAUCAACACUUUAUAUACGUAAAAUAUUUAAAUCAUGAUCUUAUCAUGAAUA